CUCAUAUAUAAAGAGGCUCCUCUUUCGCAAGCUUUGCCUUCUUCUUUCCACCAUCCAAGAGCUACGUUCAAGUUCAACUCAACUUUACUAAGCUAGCCAUGUCUUCCGAUAACAAAGAUCAACUUCCUGGAGAGCAUUUCGAGCCUCGUCAAACCGCUACCUCAGACGAUUACACUCCAGAUCAGGCCAAGUCUUUGCCUCUGGAGCCAGCAAGGCAGCGUCUCGUCGAUGACAUUCUCGCUUUGUACAGCUGCAAGCCGACAGUGGAAAGAGUGAAAAGGUACUCUUCGGAUUGCGUGUACGACGAUCAGUUCGUCUAUGCAAAUGACCGUUACAAGAUGGCUGCCCAAUGGUUCGCCCUACCCAAGUUGUUCAGCGCAAGCGUCAACAAUGGAUAUCAAGUUGUCAAGAACGAGAGAGACUUCAUUCAGUUCAAAAACGACCAGUCCUGGACCUUUCGCCUUAUCCCUAAAACCGCGCGUGUGACUGGUCUCGUUUCGCUCUCCCUCGACCCUUCGACGAUCGACUCGGACUUUAUCCAAGUCAAAUACCACAAGGAUCAGGCAAACGAGAAGGACUACUCUCAUGAAGGUUUCGGAUUUUCGUUCAAGAAAUGGCAAGCGGACAAUGUCCCGAAAGUGUUGAACGUGCCGGAGAUGAAGGAGUUUGAGCAGGACAAACAUGCGGCAAAGGAAGACGUGAGGAAGUAUGGUACAGGAACCGAAGAAGGAAAUGCACCCAAGGAAGAUUUCACGAAGAUGUAAAUCGUAGUGACAUUGUUA